CCGAAUACUUGUCCGAUACAUACGAAUUGUUGGCAUCAAUAAUGAUAGUAUUAAUACUUUUGAUUUUUUGAAAGUUAUGUACAAUACAGAACAAAUGCACUUGGUAGAAAUUAACAACGGAUUCAUAGCUCCUAGGCACAAUGUUGCUUCAUCUUCUAUGAGUGCAACUGUAAUCGAAGGAAAAUCGAUAUUGUCAAAUCACGUCAUUUUGGAUGACAACUUAAAAUACUACGAAAAGUUUCGAUAUUUUUCAUAUCAUUACCUGAAAAGGGAGUGUAUAAAGGUCCAACUUGCCCAACCGUAUAUGCUUAGUUCAAUGAGAAUGCUGCUUUUAAGCUUCCGUGGGUUAGCCUACGGUUACACUGUUGAAGUUUCGGUCAAUAACGAAGAAUGGGACAUGGUUGCAGAUAAAUCUAAUGAGUCGGCUCGAUCGUGGCAGUUGUUGAAAUUUGAACCCAUGCUGGUUGUGUAUAUACGAAUUACUGGUAUUCACUCAUCAAAUAAAAAUGACAAAUAUUUUAGAUGUGUACAUUUAGAGGCACCUGCUCCGAUCAGAUUUCUCAAACCAAAACAGCGAUGGUCGAUAUCACGGUUAUUUGAUAAUUUCUUACCGUUCGUAUAAAGGCUGACAUCUACGUGGAACCAAUAGGGUCUUUUGCAUAUUAUUAUUUUAGAGGACUGUCAUUAUUAAUGCUUAAUAAAUAUAUUUUUAAACGUUAAUUUUAAUGUUCACA